AUGAAGUUCCUCGCCACGGCCUGCGCUCUGGCCGCUCUUGCCAACUCGGCGCUUGCCCUUCCCAAGAUUACCCGUGUUGGGCGCUAUCUCUUUAACCCCGAUGGCAGUCGCUUUUACAUCAAGGGUAUUGCCUAUCAAGAGCAAGGCCGGCUCGCCGUCACCGACGACCCCAAUGCCUUCCCCGAGCCAGAUAACUUUGUCGACCCCCUUGCUAUGCCAGAUGCCUGCAAGCGCGAUGUUCCUUAUCUCCAACGUUUGACUGUCAACGCCAUUCGUGUCUAUUCCGUCAAUGCUUCCCUCAAUCAUGACGAUUGUAUGGCCGCUCUCGAUGCCGCUGGAAUCUACACCAUGAUCGAUCUCUCGCUUCCGGUCAACGGCUCCCUCGAUCGUUCUUCCCCAGCCUGGACCACUAAUCUAUUGGACUUGUACAUUGGCACCAUCGAUGUCUUUUCCAAGUACAACAACGUGCUUGCAUACAACAUCGGAAACGAAGUCGUCACCGACACCAAUAACACCGUCGCCGCUCCCUUCAUCAAGGCCGCUGCCCGCGAUGUCAAGGCUUACCUCAAGUCCAAGGGCUCCUCUGCCCUCGUCGGUUAUGCAUCCACGGACGGUUCUGGCUGGCGCGAUCCAUUGGCAAAUUAUUUGGCCUGCGACCGGGACGAUGAUAGUUUGGAUAUUUACGGUUUGAACAAUUACCGCUGGUGUGGUGCUGGCUCGUUUGAAGGAUCCUAUUCGUCCGUUCAGGCCAGCUUCGAGAACUUCCCUGUCGUUGCUUACUUUUCCGAGUACGGAUGCGUGUCCCGACCCCCUCGUCUCUGGACCGAAGCCACUGCGCUUUUCUCGUCCCAGAUGACACCAGUCUGGUCUGGUGGUCUUGCGUUCUCUUACUUCCCCGCAGUCGGUGGGUAUGGCAUGAUCGAACUCUCGGCGGAUAACGCCACCGUCACGACUUCGGACGAUUACACGCGUCUCCAAAAUGUCUUGAGUAACAUCACGUUCGUCAACGAGCCUACUCAGAGCAACGCUGCGCCAUCCACCUAUCCCGCAUGCCCUGCAGCCAGCACUGAUUUCCUCGCCAGUUCGACAUUGCCUCCUACUCCCAACACCGCCACUUGCGAAUGUAUCAAGGCCAACAGCUUCUCCUGCCUCUUUACGCCCACGACCGAACAAGGUGUCCGUGGUGUUGGGCAACUCCUUGACAAUGGCUGCCAGCUCCUCGGCCAAGCCGGUGGAACAUGCGACGCCAUUGCCGGAAACGGCCAGACCGGAGUCUACGGUCCUCUCUCGGGAUGCUCGCCCGAAACCAAGCUCUCCUACGUGUUCUCCCAAUACUAUGAACGCACGAACCGCAACGCUCAAUCGUGCAGCUUUGGUGGAAACGCCACCGUCGCGAACCCGCUGCCUUCGAGCUCGGAAGCGGCUGCUGCUGCUCAGUCGUCCUGCAUCACUUCGGGACCGACGGGCGUGGUUACACCUACUGCACCCGCCACGACUCGUACCCCCGUCUCCACCUCCACCAGUGGUUCCAACGGCGGCGGAAACGGCAACCAGAACGGAGUCGGCAAGGGUGCUGUUGUGGGCUUGGCUGCUGCCAUUGGUGCUGGACUCGUCAGCGCCGUUUGGGUUGCGUUCUAA